AUGCCAACGACGACACAAUGUACCGCAUCCUUCAUGGCACUAAUCAAAACUGCUACACGUUCGACAGAGACAUGCCCGGAGUCUCUUGCUCACAGUUCAAGAGAGGCGGAUGGCAAGGACCUGAAGGUUGUUCGAGAGAAUCUCUUUUGCCAACCUCAGUUCUUGUUGAGCCCGAGGGUCCUGCGACCUGCUGGUUCUAUGCAGGAGAGAACUGCGACCGACUGGGAACUUUCCCUAUUCCGAUGGGCAAUUAUCAAAGAUCUUGCCUCAGCCCGACCAAUGGUUUCAGAGCAAAGUCUUUUCAAUGUACUGUAUGUGAUAUGA